AGCCGAGGACACAGGAGCAGGAUGGGUGGGCGGCCCUCGAGCCCCUUGGACAAGCAACAGCAGCAGCACCUGAAGGGCCAGGUAGACACCUUGCUGAGGAACUUCCUGCCCUGCUACCGCGGGCAGCUGGCAGCCUCGGUCCUGUGGCAGAUCUCCCGAGAGCUGGGCCCCCAGGAGCCAGCCAGAUGCCAGCUGCUGCACAGCAAAAAGCUGCCCCGAGUCCGGGAGCACCGAGGACCCCUGACCCGGCUGCAGGGCCACCCACCUCAGUGGCAGCUAGUCUUCUGUGUCCUGCGUGGGGACGGCCGCCUGGAGUGGUUCAGUCACAGGGAGGAAUAUGAAAAUGGGGACCGUCCCCUGGGCUCCAUGGUCCUGACAGGGUACACAGUCCUGACUUCCCAGAGUGAAUAUCUCCACCUGCUGGACACUCUCUGCCCAGAAUCCUCAAGACACCAUACACAGGAAGCGCCUGACCCCCUCUUGGAAAUGCCUGUUAGUUUCCCCCUGUUCCUGCAGCACCCCUUCCGCCAGCACCUCUGUUUCUCUGCAGCCACAGCAGAGGUGCAGCGUGCCUGGAGGCUAGCCCUGCAGGGUGGCAUCCGGCUUCGAGGCACAGUCCUGCAGCGAAGUCAAGCCCCAGCCGCCCGUGCCUUCCUGGACGCCAUACGGCUCUACCGCCAGCAGCAAGGCCACUUUGGCGACGACGACGUGACCCUAGGCUCGGACGCCGAGGUGCUGACGGCGGUACUGAUGCGGGAGCUGCUGCCUGCGCUGCGAGCCCAGACCCUGCCCGGCCUGCGGGAGACCGGCCGCGCCCGGGCCUGGGCCUGGGCCAAGCUACUGGACGCCGUCCACGCUGCAGUCCUGGCCGGGGCCUCCACUGGGCUCCGCGCCUUCCAGCCCGAAAAGGAGGAGCUGCUCGCCGCCCUGGAGAAGACCAUCCGCCCAGACGUAGAUCAGAUGCUGAAGUUGCGGGAGCACGUGUUAGGGAGGCUGCAGGCCAACGUCCAGGGUCCCCUCGAGUCAUGCCUGCGCAGGAAGGUGGACGCGCAGCUGCCCCGGGUCACGCAGACGCUGCUGAGCGCCGUGGAAGCGGAACUCACGGCGGUGCAAGUCCUCCUGACCCAGGGCAUGGACCGCCUGUCCCGCCACCUGCGUGGGAGCCCCUCCAGCACGCGGCUGCGGAAGGAGGUUUACUCAUUUGGGGAGAUGCCAUGGGACCCAGAGCUGAUGCAGACCUGCUACCGAGAGGCGGAGCGGAGCCGGGGGCUCCUGGGGCAGCUGGCAGCACCAUUUGGCUUCUCUGGAACACAGCGCCUGGUGUUUGGGGCCCAGGAUCUCGCACAGCAGCUCAUGGCUGACGCCGUGGCCACCUUCCUGCAGCUGGCCGACCAAUGUAUGACCACAGGUCUGGACUGUGACCAGGCUGCCCAGCAGCUGGAGAAAGUCAGGGGGCGUGUGCUGAAGAAAUUCCAGUCGGAUAGUGGCUCAGCGCGGAGGAGUUUCAUCCAUGGCUGGCUGCUCUGUAUCUUCUUUCCCUUCGUGUUGAGCCAGCUGGAGCUGAGCUGCAAAGCGGAGCUGCCUGAGUUCGAAGGGGACGUCCUUGCUGUGGGCAGCCCUGCUCUGACCAUUGAGGGUAUUUAUGAGGAUGUCAUCCGGGGGGUCCUGCUGCAGAGGAUCAAUCGAGAAUUGAAAAAAGCCCUUGGUGCCAGCAACAUGUCCUGCACUCUGGAUGGCUGCUCGGAGCUUCCAUGGGACCAGGCAGAAACAGAUGUGGAAACUGAGGCUCAGAGAGGCACUUGUUCCAGGCAACCAGGCUCCAGCACCGAGGUCUAGCCACUCUGCCCACUGCCUCCUCCAGGGACAUUCCACAGCUGAAGCUUUGCCCACAUUCAUCGUCAUUCUCAAUGGAUAAAUGUCAACUAGUGGAAUUUCUGAGUCAAAGCAUAUGUACCAGUUCAAGGCUUGUAUAAUCCCCACACCUCCGCCUUACUCCUCUCCAGAAAGGCUAUGCCUUUUAACACUCUCACCAGCAGCAUUUGUACAUAUUCUCUUUUCCAAACACUAGGACUUUUCAUAAAAGGAAAAACUGCCAGUUUGAUAGACACACACACAGAGUGCAUUGUUUUAUUUUAAAUUUCUUUGAUGACUACAUUGAACCUAAAAAUAUGUUUAUUGACCAUAAUAUGUUUGUUUCUUAUUUAUUUAUUUAUUUAUGGCUCUGUCAGGUCUUAGUUGUGCCAUGCGGGAUCUUUCAUUGUGGCGCACGGGUUUCUCUCUAGUUGUGGCGUCUGGGUUUUCUCUCUCUAGUUGAGGCGCCUGGGCUUAGUUGCCCUGUGGCAUGUGGGACCUUAGUUCCCUGACCAGGGAACGAACCCGUGUACCCUGCAUUGGAAGGUGGAUUCUUUACCACUGUUUGUGUGUUUGUGUUUUCCUUUCUUUUCUUUUCUUUUUUAGUGAAUUGCCUGUUUGUAGCUUUUACCUACUUUUCUUUUCAGGAGAAUUUAUAUUUUUCUUAAUGAUCUCUAAUAACUCUUUGUAUAUUAAGGAUAGUAACACUUUCUGAUAUACACUACAGAUGUUUUUUUCUCAGCUUGCUGUGGGCCUUUGGGUUUGUUUACUUGCUCCAAAAUCUUAGUAUCAAGUUUCUCAGAUGAGAAUAGAGCUUUUACUUAGUAUCAAGUUUCCCAGCUGAGAGUAGAGCUUUUACUGCCUUCCUCUGUUUGCCAGAAAAGCCAUCUGUCCACUGGAGCCUGGCAGCUUCACAUCACAAGACUUCCAGCUGCUUCCGGAGUAGGUUCUGGGAGGGACUUCCCCAGUGUUUUUCUCAGUUCAGCUUUCAGAGGGGGGUAAUGCAUACUCCAUGCUUUCCUCCCACAAGAGAAUGAGAUUUUCCUCACCUUUCCUUCUGAACUUUUGCCCUACUGUCCCUUGCGCACACUGAGGACACACGAUCUGUGCCCUGAAUUUUACUUAACAAUAUUGAGCCCCCACCCCCACCACUCACGUUAAUAAAUAGAUAUCUGAGCUCCACAAAAACGAUGAAUUAGAAAACACAUUCGAUUACUGCAAAACAGCCCCCUCGUAGUAUUUCUUUGGAAACGUCCACCUCCCUCCUGUUCCAUCUGCACACAAGCCUGCGGGGUCGUUAUGACUCCAUUUUACAGAUGGACAAACUGAGGCUCACACAGACGGCCCACUUGCAGACUAGAUUUGAAGCCAGGUCUGGGGACGCCAGGGCCCACGCGCUUGGUACUCAACAACCCUUGAAGACAUCCCAGGGAGGUCGAGAACUAGAAUGGUACCCAUGCUGCAGCAGAGGAAACUGAGGCUCAGAUCUUGAGUCCCAAACCAGAUCAUGACUAUCCAGGUUCGACUCGUGACACAGCGGGGUCUUAUACAAAUGGAAGUUGGAUGGCAAAUCAGGCUGGGAUCCUGGCGGGAGCAGUUGCUCGGUGGCAGGUCAGAUUCUGAGCUCUGAGGCCUCUACUACACAGACCCAAGUUCAGAACGCUCA